AUGGUGGACCGGGGUCCUCUGCUCACCUCGGCCAUCAUUUUCUACCUGGCCAUCGGGGCGGCGAUCUUCGAAGUGCUGGAGGAGCCGCACUGGAAGGAAGCCAAGAAAAAUUACUACACACAGAAGCUGCAUCUGCUCAAAGAGUUCCCGUGCCUGAGCCAGGAGGGUCUGGACAAGAUCCUGCAGGUGGUAUCUGAUGCUGCAGGACAGGGCGUGGCCAUCACGGGGAACCAGACCUUCAACAACUGGAACUGGCCCAAUGCAAUGAUUUUUGCAGCCACAGUUAUCACCACCAUUGGCUAUGGCAAUGUGGCUCCCAAGACCCCCGCCGGUCGCCUCUUCUGCGUCUUCUAUGGUCUCUUUGGGGUGCCACUCUGCCUGACGUGGAUCAGUGCCUUGGGCAAGUUCUUCGGGGGACGUGCCAAGAGGCUGGGCCAGUUCCUUACUAAGAGAGGCGUGAGCCUGCGGAAGGCACAGAUCACGUGCACGGCCAUCUUCAUCUUGUGGGGCGUCCUGGUCCACCUGGUGAUCCCGCCCUUCGUGUUCAUGGUGACUGAGGAAUGGGACUACAUCGAGGGCCUCUACUACUCUUUCAUCACCAUCUCCACCAUCGGCUUUGGUGACUUUGUGGCGGGUGUGAACCCCAGCGCCAACUACCACGCCCUGUACCGCUACUUUGUGGAGCUCUGGAUCUACCUGGGGUUGGCCUGGCUGUCCCUCUUUGUCAACUGGAAGGUGAGCAUGUUUGUGGAAGUCCACAAGGCCAUUAAGAAGCGGCGGCGACGGCGGAAGGAGUCCUUCGAGAGCUCCCCCCACUCCAGGACAGCUCUGCAAGUGGCAGGGAGUGGGACCUCCAAGGACGUCAACAUCUUUAGUUUUCUGUCCAAGAAGGAGGAGACCUACAAUGAUCUCAUCAAGCAAAUUGGGAAGAAGGCCAUGAAGACGAGCAGGGGUGGGGAGAGGGGCCCGGCCCCAGGGCGGGGGACUCAGGACAGCGGGCUGCCAGCCCUCCCUCCUUCCCUGGUUCCCCUGGUGGUCUACUCUAAGAACCGGGUACCCAGCUUGGAAGAGGUGUCACAGACACUGAGGAGCAAAGGCCAUGUGUCGAAGACACCCGGCGAGGAGGCUGCAACACGGGCCCCUGAGGAUGGCUUCCCCACCUCCGAGAUGUUUAUUAACCAGCUGGACCGCAUCAGCGAGGAGGGAGAGCCCUGGGACGCCCAGGACUACCACCCACUCAUCUCCCAGAACGCCAACAUCACCUUCGUGAAUGAGGAGGCCGGCCUCUCAGAUGAAGAGACCUCCAAGUCCUCACUGGAGGACAACUUGGCAGAGGAGGAGAGGCCCGAGCAGCGGCCUGAAGCCGAAGUGCCCCUGAACCUGGGCGAGUUCCCCUCCUCGGACGAGUCCACCUUCACCAGCACCGAGUCUGAGCUCUCUGUGCCAUAUGAGCCGCUGAUGAACGAGUACAAUAAAGCCAACAGCCCCAAAGGCACAUGAGGUGGGGCCGGCUCCCCACUCCGCCUUCGACGGUUUCUUUCCCCUCACCCGGGGUGUCCUGUCAUGGCCGGGACCCCUGGCCCCUGGUGGGGGGCAGGCCUGGAACUAGGAGUGGGGGGCCAGGGGCCUCUUACCUUCAUCCCCUCCAACUAGAUGCUACCGAUGGCAAUGGCGGCUGCCCAGGACAGGGCCUCUGUGCUCCUGCAGAGCAGUGCCCUGGCCGUGGGGGCAUCUGACCUGAGCUUGGCUGGUGCAUGUGAUGAUUUGAUUGAAGAUCUGCAGGCUGGCGGGACAGGCAGACAGGACUGACCCCGAGGAGGCCUGUGCCUGCAUGAAUCUUUGCCCCGUCAUUUGGUUGAAUGUCACGGUUCUCUGAGGCCAAGGCCUCAUCUAUUUGGGUUCACUAGUAUUACUGAGCAAUUUCCGUGGGCCUGGCACUGAACUAGACAUUUUGGAGAGGGAGACGGGGUGUGUCAGACCCAGUUCUGCCUUUUGGAGAAAGUAUUUGGGAACAUAAAACUGUGAUGUGGGGGCUGUGCAUUUCAGUACCUCAGCAGUAGCAGGACCUGUCCCCAUCACUUGUGGGGGCAUAUCUGCAAGGGAGGGAGGGAGGAGAUCAUGGGCAGGGGCUGAAACUGUCCUGAACAAGCCCAUUGUGGGCACAGGGUCCCAGCCCCCCAUGAGUCUGCCUAUCCCAGAGCCCUAUUCCCUGUCUCAGACCAACUGAUGGCAGAUGCAAGGCUUUCUGCCCCACUGUCCCUGAGUAGUAAGAAGAAGGGGGGCGCAGAGCACAGCCCACCAGAAGUUGGGCCUCCUGGUGCUGGAGGGCAGAGAGCUGCAGCCCAGCUCUGGCUCUUGUGCCGUCGCCCUUCUGGCUCCCUGUGGCAGUGCGUGGCCCAGUCCCGGGUCUUAGGACCCACACUCCCCAUCCCGCUGUCUCCUCCUUCCAUGCCUCCAGAACAAGGACCUCACUGUCCCUUCCCCCCCCCCAUCCUCCCACGGGCCGGGUGGGGUGAGGCCAAAUUGCUGUUGGCUCACAAAUGGGCAGCGGCCAAAUAUGUGAAUCAAGCUCUUCUCUCCAGCUACUGUUCAUUGUGUGUGCGUGCGCGUGCGUGUGCGUGUGGAAAGGAUUGCAUUGGGGACCAAAAGAUAAUGCGAAGCUGUACACAGACUGUGUUUCUAGUGAGGGUGGGCAGCCUUGCUGCUGCCGAAGUCCUUGGGGUGUCCAUGAUGCUCACCCUGGGACUGGUCCCAGCUGUCCUGAAUGUUUUUGUUAUUGUUUAAAAAUGAACUGCUGUUUUUAUAUACCUGGAAUUAGUUGUUGCCUUCAGAGCCAGUGGUUAAAGCACAGGGUCCCAAGUAUCAGGAUGUCCAGUGUCCAUGACCUCCGCAAAGGCCAUGACAUCACGGGCCAAGUCCCCAUGCAGAGCUGUGGAGGGACACUGAUCAGCAAGUGAGCCAAGGUGGGGGGAAUCUGUCACAGGUGACUGGAUGCUGGGCAGGGGCAGGUGACCAUCGCCUCGAAGGCCCUCUCUGAUGCUGUGCUGUCUGCCCUUCCACUGUAGGGGCAGAUGGGGCCACCCUCCUCCAAACAUGUGAAGACUGAUGGGCAUUGUGUCCACACCAACCCACCCUCUAACCAUUGUGGAGUCUGCUGCCCCGGCAGGGGGCUGGGAAGGGGAGUGACCUUGUAUUUUUCUGUGAAUUGUUUUAAUGAGCUUGUUUUGUUGACUGUCCUGGGAUGGCACACACUAUAUGUACAUACUGGCAAUGAUGUCAUGUAAUUUAUUUUAACAUUUUUUACAAUAAAACACGAGGUGGACAGGCCAGCUCUGUGCGUGCUGUGUGGGGGUGUGUGAUGAAGGGCUGGUUUGUGGCCCCCGCGCAGUGGGGGACACGGGUCAGGGAGGACUCAGGACAGGCAGGUGUCAAGAGGAUUAGGGUGGUCUGGGAGGGAAAAGUGGAGUGGGGUGAAGAGCGGCAGCUGAGGCAGCCUCUUAGGACAGAGGGAUUGGGGAGGAACAGUGCAGACCGGGUCCAAGAACCAAGAAGGACUUAAAGGAGUGAGGGGGAAAGCAGUGGGGUGUUGAUGGCGAGGACAUGUCACCAGUUUGCCAGGCACUGUUCCAAAUGCUUCACACUCGGUAAUACAUGAAUGAACUCACUUGACCUUGCAGUAGCCCUAUGAGGUGGGUAUCCAGCUCCUUUUUAUAGACAAAGAAAUGGGUUGUCUUGUGCCAAAUCUCAGUAAAAAUGGUGAGCCU